GGAGUGGUAUUAAAAAUAUAUAGGUGAUAAAGUAUAAAAAAGUGAAGGAAGCAGAAUGGAACUGAUAAAGGAAUGAGAUGAGAUUAAAAUAAAAUAAAAUAAAAUAAAAUAAAAAGAAAAGCCAAAUCAAAAAACAAUAACGAAACAACCAAAACGAUUUGCUUCUCAGACAGCAGAAAGAAUAAUUAAUAAUGGGUAGAUAAUUAUUCGAUGGAGUGGUUUGCAGAAAAGAAUAUUUCCAGAGUGAACAGGACGAUAAACAGCAGAAGAUCAGCAAAUCCACCACUCAGAGCUGGACAUAAAACGAGAUUGGAGGUUCUUCCUGAGGUGGAUCAAUUUUUAGCACCACUUUGCACUUUCCAGCACUUUUCAGCACUUUCGCAUUUGAGACUUAAUUGUUUUCUACUCAAAUGAAAAAAAAGCAAAUUCGAAGUCUCGCCGUGUAAAGAAAGAAGGGUUUGGACCUCUUCUCCAGCCCCA